UCUCCAAGAGAGUCAGUCCGCGGCAGGUGGCGCCCGAACAGGGACUUGAAGGAUAGGAUGCGAACUCCCCCAUCUGGAUCCCGGACAGACUGGUGCGACCAGCGCCGCUGGAAACGAAAAAGACUCAGAAGGAGACAACAGCAGCAGCUGCUCCGACAAGUGAUUUGCGGUUUGCAGAAACUGAAACUAAGGGAGAAACCAAAAGACCGGCUCACUUGGACGAUGAUUCACACUUUAGUGAAAAAGGCCAAAAUUCUCCUUGAGAAUCAGAAACAGCCUUUGACUCCUUGCAUGUAUUUUGUUGCUUUUCUUGCCCUUAUUUCAGCUCCCCCUUCUGUAGAAGGCAUGGCAUUUUGGGCUUAUGUUCCCCAACCCCCCUUGUUACAGCCUGUGGGCUUGCUGGAUAGGGAACCAAUAAGGAUUUUGACUAAUGAUACUAGGCGGCUGGGUGGUUCCCAAGACUCUGAUGUCAGGCCUAAGAUUUCCUCUUAUGUAUCCUAUGAGGGGAGAGCAGAUUCACUUCCAAUUUGCCUGACACUGCAAGGGGAAGUGCUGGAUGGAUGCUUACCAGUCAGUUAUCGGACCUUUUUAGCUGACGCUCCUGACCAUGCAGAGCCUGAUAAGAGAUGGAUAUGGGAGAUACAGAUACAGACUUUAGGUUUUGCUAAUUAUAAUGAAACUUUUCAAAAGGAUAUGAAUAUGCCCAUCUCCUCUUGUAUUCACAAAUAUGGUCAUAAAGAUCAAUUUUGGGAUUCCUCAUUAACUAGAUCUCCUACGUGGUUAACUUGCGGCUUUCCUAAUGCUGCCAUCAAAUAUAACCCAAAAGGAACCUCCUUAGAAGUUUGGGAUUAUUCAGCCUCUUCUGGGGAUGGAAAUUAUGAAGAAUAUAUUAAAAGCCAUAGUAACAGAUUUCAUGGAUAUGAACCAAAAGAUCUUUUAGGAGAAAAGAUCAGGCAUUGGUUUUCUCCUGGUUUUGUAGAACCAAUUUGGGUAGCAAAGGCUCCGGAUAGUAAUGUUACUAUGAUUCAUAAUGAUUUGUUUAGACUUGUUGCUGCCACAAAUAUGUUUUUAGAAAAGAGACCCGGCACCUCUAAAACUUUUCCUUAUGAAAUUAGGGCUUGUAUUUCAUAUCCUAAUGCUUUGCUUUUAGGACAACAAAUUCAUGUUAAGAUCUCUCAAACAGACAAAUCUUAUCAUAUAAACUGUUAUUCUUGUAAACUAACUAAUUGUAUUACCUCUGCUAAACCUAAAAAUUUAAAUGUCAUGCUUAUUGUUAAAAGACCUCCUUUUGUAAUGUUACCUGUAGAUUUGGGAGAUGAACCAUGGUACGAUAACUCUGCAUUAAGAGUAUUAACUUCUUUAAAUGAUCUGAUUCGGACAAAGAGAUUUGCUGAUGCUCUUAUCUUAGGAAUUACAGCUUUGAUUUCUAUUUUAACUACCUUUGCAGUAGCUACUACUGCACUAGUUCAGGAAAUUCAUACUGCUCAUUAUGUGAAUGUUUUAAAUAAAAAUAUUACUUUUGCUUUAAUGGAACAAGCAAGUAUAGACACAAAAUUAGAAGCAAAAAUUAAUGUGUUAGAAGAAGUAGUGCUGGCUUUGGGACAAGAUGUAGCUAAUCUUAAGACUUUACAGGAAACUAAAUGCCAUAAUGGUUUUCAGUCAAUUUGUGUUACUCCAUUACCUUAUAAUACUUCUUUACCUUGGGAUAAAAUAAAAGCUCAUCUUCAGAGGGUAUGGAAAGAUAGUGACAUUACUCAUGAUUUGGGUGCCUUGCAGAAAGAUAUUUCAGCUAUGAGUCAGGCUCAUUUACAGAUAGGAACUCUCGAAUCAUUGGCUAAAGAAUUAGAAUUGAACAUGAGAGCCUUAAAUCCUUUGGACUGGAUCCACUAUAUUAUUCUCAUGACUGUCCUUGGUCUUUUACUAGUUCUUGUUGUUAUCUUAUUUCCUUGUCUUUUAAAAUGUCUUUUCAGAUCUGUUUCUACCAUCAGGCAGGAAGUGUUCGAGUUUCAUUUAAAAAAUAAAAAACGGGGAACUGCCACAUCCACGGCUGUCCCGCCUGUGUGACAAAAUGCCUCUCAGGUGGUGGUCAUCUCAAAAUGAGGGGCUCGUGCUUCCCGGAGCUUGGCCCCCGGCGGUUCCCUGGCAGUCUGCUCGAGUUGAGGUGCCUGAUCAGCCUCAAUGAUCUCGUUCACUUUGUUCCUGGCGAUGGUUUCUUGCAUUGACUCUGCUUCUGUUCUAUUUUUCUCUUGACAAAA